AAGUAUGAAGUGGAAAAGAGGAUCAAUGGAUUUCUUUCCUGAAAAAACAUUUUUAAUUAUAAAAGAUAACGUUGAAACGUUUUCAGUAAAAAAAUCAUAUCGGCGUAUGAAAUCAAAAUCAGCAGCAGACACGACGGGUACAUGGCCACCAAAAGUUAAAAAAAAUAGUUUAUUUGUAGCUGUUGAGCGACCAAAAACAGCUAAUCUAGAGAGGCCAGCGGUGCUAAAUCCCGCAUUGGUUAAUAAAUUAGACAUGUCAUUGCUGAGUAAAGAACGAUUAUGCGAUUCAAUGACGCGAAUACAACUUGAUCGAAGAGCUACCACCAGUAUCACAGUAAGUGGGGGUGGAUAUACACUACCCGCCAACAAUAACAAACAAGUACACCAGCAGCAGGCUACCAGUAUUGUUCAAUCAUCAAACAACAGUAUUGCGUCGCUCACCGAGGCUAAAACAUUUUUUAUUCGCUCUAAACGACCUACCUUUCAACACCUUAUUAUUAAUAAUUAUUACUUAUAUGAUCAACCAACAACAACAACAAUGCCUGUUAAUCACAAACUUGAUCCAGUAAUUGUUAAAAAAUCACCCAGUCCAGUUUUAAAUAAUAAUAGACAGACAAUAAAAUUAACAGAGAAUAAAAUAACAGGUUCGUCGUUGUCAAUUGUUCGGACAUCAAAGUCAUCUCGUUUAGCAUUACCGGAGGAACUUAAAGUGUUUACCACCUCAGCGACUGUUAAUAAAUUAAAAACACCAGAGCCAUGUAAAACUUGUGGCCGUCCUGAUCAGCCUGAACGAUUUCACAGCCAUCCAAAGGGUCUUCCUCUCAAGGGAAUUACUGAUAAUAAAGAUAAAAAUAAUAAUAAUAAUAAUAAUAAUAAUACCAAAGAUAAUGUUAAAAAAUCUAUUCAAAAGCCAGUUGCUUUAAAUUACAAAAGCGAUAAAAAUAAAGAUAAAUCAACAAAAAAUAACAAUAAAUAUGGCCAGAAUGAUUGUUUUGUUGAAAAAGAUAAAAAAAAAUUAUCAUCACCCAAUAGUAGUGAUAGUAAUAAUGAAAAUUACAGUAAAUCACGUCCAGGUUCAGUUAAUAAAAAAGGACCGAGAACGGUUACUUGUUACAUAUGCUCACGUGAAUUUGGCACUGCUAGUUUUCCGAUACACGAGCCAAAAUGCAUGGAGAAAUGGGAGCGUGAAAAUGAAGCAUUAUCUCCAUCACAAAGACGUCCUCGUCCUCAACGACCAGAAUUGCCAUUAAAUCAUCACCAGUGGAACAACGUUGCCUGGGAAUUGUCUCAAACGCAGCUACUUCCUUGUUCGAAAUGCGGCAGAACUUUUUUACCCGAUCGUUUACCGGUUCAUCAAAAAAGUUGCAAAAAUUCCAAGGAUACAGCGUCAGAUAAAUCAGACAGGACUGAAAAACCGAGGAGCUCUACCAGUCAAUCGGGUUCCUCAACUAUUUUUUGUCAGACCUGCGGUCGUAAUUUCGGCGCAAGAACUAUUAAAAUACAUGAACCCCAAUGUUUAAAACGUUGGCAGGCUGCUAACAAUAUUUCAUCCGAUGAUAACAAAAAAAAACAAGAUAAAUCAUCUGGUGGUAGCUGUUCUAAUAAUUCACGGGAAUUAGUAAAACCUACGACAACUUGUUAUAUAUGUGGUCGCGACUUUGGAUCAGCUAGUAUUGAUAUCCAUGAGCCGCAGUGCUUGAAAAAAUGGCAUAUUGAUAAUGAUAAACUCCAACUGAGUCAACGUCGCUAUCAGCCGAUUAAACCUAUUUUAGCUGAUACUACAUUGGAUACAGCAAGCCCUGUAAUUAACUGGGCAGCAACCACCGAAGCAAAAUGGAAAUCACAUUUGGGUCAAUUAAUCCCUUGCAAAAACUGCAAAAGAACUUUUAAUCCUGAUCGAGUUGCUGUACACGAACGCACGUGCAAAGGUACACGCUAA